GAUGUGAUGGCGAGGCCGUCGUCUGGCCCGCGCGGCGGGCCGGGUGCGCCGGCGAGGCCCUCGUCCGGGCCGCGGGGCAGGUGGCCGCGGGGGUCCAGGGCGGACGCGAUGGCGAAGACCGCACCCGUGUUCGGGGAGGCGGCCGGUGCGGACCCUCGCGGCGGCGCCGAGGGAGGCGCAGGCGAGCUGACCGAGGACGACAUCCUCGAGAUCCGGAGCUUGUACCACCCCCCCGCU